AUGUUUUGCUCAUCGCGCGCGGCCAUUUUUGCCGUAAGGCACUGUUGCCAUAGGUGAGUCGCCACUUGGGACACUCAAAAACCCCAGAAAUGCUUUAAGACGACGCCUACCGCUAGGAUUUUUCUAGUCCCGCUCUUUGGUGCCCAUUUUGUUUACUUCGGUUGCGGCCAAGUUCUGACCCAGAAAACGCCCUCUGGAACGUGUUUCUUUAGAUUGCAUGUAUAAAACCCGUGCGUUAAUUACGCCAACCCGGUAUUGGUUAUUUUAUCAUUUCCUAAUUCCGUCGGUGGCGUUCUCCCCUCUUUGCCUGGGCCUUAAAAUGCUGAUUAAUAAUUUUUAAUCGUCCUAUUAGGCUCUGUAUUUCGAUUUUUUAUUGACUGGCCCCCGGCGGAGCAGUUGGCGUUUUUAGAUGCAGACCAUGUGAUCGGGCGUUAAUGGGAAAUCAGUUGCAAAAUCGAAAAAUGCUGAAAAAUCUAGUUUCCAGAUGUUUCAUAAGAGGUCAAUUAUCAAAGUGUUUGCACGUCUCAUAGCUGUAUAGAGUUAGUCGCAUUGGUUGUUGUCGAAACAUGCUAAAGUUUCGACCGUCUCUUCGUCGGGCUUCGGUCUGGGGGCGGUUGUCAGGCCGUGGAUGUCGAUGCCGAAAAAGAUUUGGGUGCAAAAACGUUAAUGCACUUAUGCGUCCAACGUAUACAGUUCAAGUACACUGCACCGCAUUUGGACUGCGACCCUUCAUCCACUUGUGUCUUGAUAGCGACUACUACUGUUGUUUGCUUUGAUGGCGUCUGCGACGAGUUCCAUUUAAGGGCACAUUACCAGCCGGAAGUGAUUUCCGCGGUGUUCAGGAACUCGUUACAGCAGACUCGUUUUCACUGCAGAAGGAUGGUGCUCGGAUCUUUGGUUAUAAACAAUCUUUCUACUCUUUUAGCUUUGAACAGGAAAUCUUCGUCAUCUCAACUGCCUUACAGACAUCGUUUUCUCGGGCAAAGCAAUCACAGAGUUGUUUGAACCAUAAUGACCAGUUCUGCCCUCAAUCUGCCUGCCCUCCCUAACAGUGACGAGGUGACCGGGCUGAAUUAUUCACCCAGCCCUAACGAAAAUCUUCUACCGGGCUCAAAUGAUGCCGGUGCGCAGCCUAACUCUCAGUCAGCCGCCGGCCUAGGACCCAUUAAACGCAAAAGAGGUCGUCCGCGAAAGUACACCCUGGGACCAUUUCCACCGCAGGUAUUAAAGACAGAUGUGGACGGGUCGACUCGACUUAGCCUCCCAUUGAAUUACUCCAAUUGUGAUCCCUUCUCUCUUCCAACCGGUCAAUCUACAGCAAAUGAUCUGAAAGUCAAAGAAGCUUACCUCCAGAACACUGAUGCCUCUGCAAAUUUGAAGAAAAUGAAGUCGAAGCAAACUGUUCCUAGAUACCUUGCGCACCUCGGUGGCAUAACAAAUGGGCAUGCUGUCACUGGUGAACCCAACACCCCCGAAACCUUCCCCCUGGAUAAUGCUGGCAAAGUAGAUGAAACGUUGGCUCUCGCUGCCGCCAUGCCUCUUGCAGCCGGCGUUGGCGGCACACCCUUCGCUUUCCCAACGGCCCUGCCACAACACAGCUCCGGGUUAAGUCUGUCCACUUCGAACUCCCAGGAAUCCUACCAUUCCUCCAAAUACACCAAAUCAUCAGUGGGGUCAUCCUACGCAGGCUUCGGUUUUCCUGCAUCCACUGCCGUUGCCAUCUCUUCUCUUAACGGACAAAAGGCGUCCUCCCAGCAGGUGGGGUCUCAUCCGUUCUCCGUAUCUAGGGUGUCAAGUCCCUCCGCCGCCGCGGUAGCAGCCUCGAACUCCCUCUUUCUGGAUUCGAACUCCGCCUGCGGUAACAACGCUUUUCUUGUCGCCGCUACCUCUGUUCCACCCGCCGUCCCCACGGCGGCGGCUUCUGUUGCUGCUCUCGCCGCGUGCGAGACCAACCUUAUCAGUCGGCUGUUGCCUCAGGCUGAGGCGGCUGUCUGUGCGGCCAGAGCCGCUGGUCUCUGCGGGCCGCAUGCAUGGACUCCGGACAUGGUUGCUGCAUUUAUCACCACCCUUCCUGGCUGCCAGAGUCUGGCUCCUGUGUUCGCCGAGAACGUGAGUCGGACAGAGCUUUCACCCAUUCAUAUUGGCUCGAGGCAUCAUGUGUAUCUGGCUGUUACCCAUCAACAGUGGGUGGAGUACGGGGCUCUCUAGCACACAUUUUAUCCGUUAUCGAUAGGCGUGCGUUCGUAGUUAUUUUUUCACACAGCCGCGUUGGAGCGCAUACUUACACAGGCGUGCGUGGACAGGCAUCCUUGGCGAUGUUUCGUCCUGUAUCAUCUGUUUUUGAAUAUUUUCGACGCCGUGCGUUGUGUGCGUGUGUGUGUAAAGUUCAUCCUUAAGUCCUGACGUCCGCCGCAGAUCGCGACGUCCUGCAUUUUUGUUUCGCUCAACACAAAACGUAUUGCUUUUUAUGCAGAAUUUUUCUUUUUAAUCCUUUUCGGUUACCUUAAGGGAAGCGCAUAUUGAGAGCGUUUCAUAUCGCACAUAAUUCUCGAGGAAAAUUUUUAAGAUCAUAAACGAUUCUCCUCCCCCGUAAUCUCCUACCCCUUGUCAGAAAAAUCACUAGUCAGUUGAGGGCCAGAGCCGUAUGUUGCGCGCUUCGCCAUAAACAAAUAAUCAGGGCACUUUUCUUCUGCUGACUGUGGGUGUUGAAAUACUGUCAAAUCCGGCUUGUAUAUCCUUUUCUGAAUCCCGCUCCUAUAAGUCUAUGAGACCGUGUUGUCGCACUAAUCGUAAUUUUCUUUCUUCCUUGUUUCAGGAAAUCGACGGACCAGCAUUAUUGUGUUUGGAACAGCAUGAUCUUAUGUCGGUUCUCAAAUUGAAGUUGGGACCUGCAGUUAAGAUAUUCGGAGCCAUCCGGGCCCUCCGUAGGAGUAUGAUGUCGAUCCCCUACUCGGACCUGUCCGAAGACCGUGCUUCUGCCAUCGCUGCGGCUUCUUCAUGUUUCCCCGUGAACAAGACCCAGCCAUCGGCUCCGCGAAAGUCCCAACUAUCCAAUUGUGCCAGUCCUCAGCUUCCUACAUUUUCCAUUAAGAGACUCACUACAAACUCUAGCAUUGGAGAACCCAAUUCUGCGGAUAGUACACUGCGUCCACAGGAUGUCAGCAUGCCACUCACAAACGGCGUUCAGCCUCUCACUCCACCUGCCGCUGAUUCAUAG